GCACGACCGCUUCUACAUUACCGAGUUUGUUGACACUAACAUCGUCAAUCGUUUCAUCCAAAAAAUUCAAAAUAUCCAAGAAUUAAACAGUUCACAAUGGCAUCAGACAAUCUAGGACGUGCCACUCCACCUAAUGAGGAGACAAAGAGUGCAGGCCAGCCACUGUCAGAUUUCCUAGUUCAAUUGGAGGAUUACACACCACCAGUACCUGAUGCCAUAAGUGAAUAUUACCUGCACACAGCAGGAUUCAACACAACAGAUCCUCGAAUAGUUCGAUUAGUCUCCCUAGCAGCUCAAAAAUUCAUCUCAGAAAUAGCUAAUGAUGCUCUGCAGCACUGCAAAACCAGGGGAGCUAAUCAAACUACAAAAUCAAAGGGCAAAGAUCGUAGGUAUACGUUGACGAUGGAAGAUCUCACUCCAGCAGUUGCUGAGUAUGGAAUAAUCGUCAAGAAGCCUCAUUACUUCGUAUAAAAUCCACAACUCCUCAAUCUUUGUAAUUAGUGCCCAAAGCGUCGAUUAUAAGAAUAAA